GAUGAGGCCCAGAAGCGCAGCGGAAAAGCAGUUGGCGAGGCUAUGUCGGGCGAGAGUGUUGUGAAAGAGAGCGAUAGCGGCGGCUGCGAGGUCGGGCAUGAUUCGUAUUGGCGUGGGAGCUUGUUCGGUGGUGUGGGCAAGGGCUCCGGCGAUGCGUGCGAUGUUGGGCGUGAAGGCUUCGCUGACUCAACAAACAUUCCUAACGCUGCUGGCAGCAGCGCUGGCAGCAAGGCGGCUGCAGGUUCCUCUUCGCAGACCGCCAAGUCCUCUACCUCCUCUCGUAGUGCUGCUAGCAGCGGCAACGGCGCUGGCAGCAGCAGCAGCGCGUCGAGUAAGGCGUCCGGCAAUGUGAAAGCGGGCGGCGGCAAGCAGAAGGUCAAGCGCAAGAGGAGUUGGACUGAGGGAAUGUCCCAGGAGGAGAUCUUCGAGGUCUACCUCCCCAUCUUGCGGGCCGCCGUUGUCAUGGGGCUGAUAAUGCUGGUCUCUUACGUCGGCCCAAAGGAGUCCCUGUCGGCGGUGGGUUGCGGCAUCGUGUGGCUCUUCACGCCAAGCAAACCAACACCCGCCGCCAGCAGACGUGCUGCCGAGCCCUAUGCCCCCGCGUCAACCUCUUCCUCUAAGGCUUCGAAGCGGGCAGCGCGCCAACAAGAGGGACCGCAGCAACAUAGGCAACAACAGCAAGGGCAGCAGCAGCCGUCCACAGGAGCAGACAACGUCGCGCAGGCUCAGCGUCCACCGAUGUUCUUAACCAGGGCCAUUUCGCCUGUGUUGAGUGCUUGCAGCGCGGUGCUCCGUGCAUGCCUCUGGAUGCUGCCUUCCAGAUCUUCCAAGGAUGAUGCUACUGAUGCGCCGACUUCCGACAAGCCAAGCAAGCAAACCAAGCAGCAACAGUCAACCACGCCAGCAGCCGUUGCCAGCAUUUCCGAGAACCCUUCUGCCGCCACCGAUGCAACAGCAGCUACUACCAAUGCGCCCGCUUCAGCUUCUGCUGCCUCCAGCUCAGCCGGCAAGGCCUCUACCUCGAAGGGCCCAUCUGCGCAGCGUCAGGGUCAGAAGCAGCGGCCUGCCAAGGAUGCUGCCCCCAAGCGCGCGCCUGCCUCCCAACCCGCCAAGCAGCAGCCCGCCAAAGCCGCUCCUGCCACUCGUCGCGGCGGCAACACCGUCUUCGUGCGCCCUGAUUCCGUACUUUCUCCAGCUGCCACCACUGCAGCAGCGCCUUCAUCGCAGGCCGCCCUUGAUGCCAACAGUCCUCGGUCGGCCGCUGCCGCCGCAGUUGCCGCUGCGCUGCCCUUCACCGCUGCACUCGCGCGCAGCACUUCUGCUGACCUGAGGCAGCAGCAGCAGGCGGCGGCCGCCGUAUCUCCUCCGCCUGCUGGCCCAACCUCAAACAGUGACAUCGCGGCCAGCAGCGCACCCGCCACCGCCAGUUCCAUGCUGCGUUGGGCCUUCCCCGCACCCCCACGUGCUGCCUCGCCUAACCCACCAGCCGCAGACCCAACCGACAACGCCACCGCUACUGCUGCUGCGGCGCCAUCUGGUGUAGCAGCAGCCCGCUCCUCUGCGCCCCGGAGCUCCACCACCCCGCAAGUCCCGGCUAAGCGCUCUGUUCCCAUCCCCAUUCCCGUGCCAGUCACGGACAACGACCCCACUACUCCGCCGCUAGUGCCGCCAUCCACCGGUGGUGUGGGACAUUCUUCCGCGCCGCGCCUUCCCCUGCUGGGCCUCAACCCUGCGCUCGCGCAUUUCCUGAAGCAGACCGGUGCUGUCGGCGCUGCUGCUCCCGCCGCCCAACCUCCUCCUCAAGCUGCUGCUACUGCGGCUGUCCCUCCUGCAACAGCACAGCCCGGCAGCGCCACAGCCCAUGCAUCCGCUGCCGCCACUGCCAAUGCUGCACCCGCUCCUCCUCCUCCCACCACCGCUGCCUCCAGCACUGCAUCCGCUGCUUCUGGCGCUCCCAAGGUUGUUCCCGGCGGCCUGUGGGGCGACGUGGCGGGCCGGGAUCCGACCAAGUGCGUGGCGUGCCGCGAGCAGCCGCGCCAGGUGGGCUUCCUGCACGGCAUCAACGUGCACCUCUGCGUGUGCCGUACCUGCGCCGCGGGCUUCCAGGCGGGCGACGCCUGCCCGCUGUGCGGCGAGGUGUCGCAGCGCGUGCUCAACAUCUUCUGAGCGGCGGCGGUAGCUGGGUUGGGCGGCAGCGGGAGCGGUAGUCGUGGUGGAGGGAUGGGGAUGAGUGGGGGUCACCACAGUAGCGACGGGGUCGUUGAUGCUGAAGGUAUGGGACACGGUCUGGCUGGGGUAAACAGCUGUAGGGGGUUGUUACGGGGGGAGUGGUGUAAGGCACCAUCACGUGUUGCUUGUGCAAGGUCUUAGGGCAUGUUCGUGCCAGUGUGUUAACCGAGCAUGCCGGAGCUAAAUCGUUGACAUGGAAGGCAUGUGGAACUGACCACGACUUUUGUGCUUGUGUUGACGAGCGGGGGCCAACAGGGUAAACAUUAUCUGUUGCAAGGCCUGCGUCGGUAUAUGCUGUAUGUUGGCAAUAAUUCGGGGCCAAUUACCGUUGGGCAUACAUUGUUUUUGUGCGUUGUCGGGUGUGCUAUCACGAUACUGCUUGUCUACCGGCAUUGGGCAUGUAGGUUGACCACAGUGUAACU